AUGGGUAUUGUAAUGGUAAGUCCACCAUUAGCAGCUGGUGAAUUGAAUCGACCACUUGUUGGAGAGAGUGAACGCAUAAUAAUUGCAUUAUGCUCACGUUGUUAUCAAAUACCUUAUGCUAUGUGUUGUGUUUCAAUUGAUGAAAUUGAUUCAUUAGCACCGAAACGUGAUCAAGAUUCAAGUGAAGGCAAAGUAGAUAAGAUCUCUGUGCUUUUAUCUCUAAUUGAAGGUAUCAAAGAUAUACCCAAUCUAAUGAUCUUAAGUGCUACUAAUCGUUUACAUAUGAUGGAUGAAGCAUUUUUACGUCGUAUGUCAGGUAAAUUUUUUGUUUGUCGUCCAUCAUCAAAUGCACGUCUUAGUAUCCUUCGAAAAAUACCAUUUUGGGCGCUUGAACCAGAAGUACUCGAUCGACUUUCAAUUGCUACAACAAACUUUAGUGGAGCUGCUGUCAAAGCAUUGACUCGAGCAAUCACUGUUAAAUGUAUUAAAAUGAAGUGUUCAGAACCGAUGGCUGAAAGUGAAGCACUUCAACUAGCCAAUCUUAUAGCUCAACAAUAUCAAGUAUUUAUUGAUAGUGAAACAUUACCUAGUUUACUUUUACGUAAUCAAUUUAUUGAAACUAAUCAUCAUAUUCAUCAAUUACCAACAAGUUUGAAGUAUACAGGACGUAUGAUUGUUGAUUUACAAAAUCAACGUAUACGUAUCGAAUUAAUUACAAAAAAAGUUAAUACAAACAAUAAUCAAUUAUCAGUUGUCGAACGUAAAUUAUAUCCAAAUGAAACUAACGUUCAAACUCUACUUGAACGUUUAACAGCAUAUGGAAAGAAUCGUAACGUUCAACUUCUUCAAUUAAUUGAUCUUAAUUUACUUGCUUCACAAGGUGCUUACGAUGAAAGAAAAGUUUAUGAAACAUUAAAAGAUCGUUAUGAUGAAUGUGUUUCUUAUUCACGUUCAAUGAUUGUCUAUGAUCUAGAUGCAUUAGUCGGUAUAAAUAAAUCACAAUCAUAUUCGAAUAUGGGUCAAUCAAUUUCAUGUUCAGUACACAAUCGAAGUAUAUAUACAUAUGUACUUUCUCGAUUUCGUGAUCGAACUAUGGAAGAUAUUCAAGAAGAUAAAAUUGAUAAUGUUGAACGAUGGGCAAUAGCUGUAAUUCGUGAACCAUUUCUGUUACGUCAAUUUUCUGAAGAAGCACAAUUUCUAUUUAAAAAAAUGUUCUUUUAA